UCGUGACAUGUAAUCUCAUCUCAUUGCACUGACCGAUAUCAACCGUUGUUCCUCCCUUUCUAACGGAUCAAGUAACGUCUCUCUCUCUCUCUCGCACUCAGGCUCAAAUGGCUACUUCACUCUUCUCCACUACCUGCUUACAUUACCGGAACUCACAAAAUUCCCUGGCUUUCGUGCUCCUCAACACAUCUUUCUGCAACUUGAGACCAAAUUUGACAUUCAAGAAGAAAUUUUCAUCCCCGAAGCAUCGCUUCCUUUCCAACAACGUCAGCCUUGUCGGGAGGUUCAACCCUGUUUCUUGCAGAAGUACAUCAACUGCACCUGUUAACACAAGAGAUUAUGAGUUUACUGAUGGUGCUACUGAGGUGGAACUGAGACUAAACCUGGGGAAUAGAGAUAUUGAAAUCUCCAGAGAUAUUUUUGUGGCUGCCAAUGAGAGUUCCUUGAUGGUCAAAAUGCACAAUUCUGGAUCUCUUGUCACUCUUAUAGAAACUAACCAUCUGUAUGGGAAGAUAAAGCCUGCUGAAACAAUAUGGUAUGUGGAUGAGGAUGAAUUGGUGGUGAACUUAAAAAAGCAUGAUUCAGACUUCAAGUGGCCUGAUAUCGUGGAGUCGUGGGAGUCUCUUUCAGUAGGACUCCAGCAGCUAUUGAAAGGAACUUCAAUCUACAUUGUUGGGGAGUCAACAGAAAUAAACCAGAAAAUUGCUCGUGAACUUGCUGUUGGUCUUGGGUACACUCCACUAAGUACAAGUGACUUACUGGAAGCAUUUUCCAAUCAACCAAUCGAUUCAUGGGUGAUUGCAGAAGGAGUGGAUUCUGUAGCACAAGCAGAAGCUGCUGUAUUUGAAAGCCUCAGUAGUCAUGUUCGUGCUGUCGUAGCAACACUAGGAGGAACUCAUGGAGCUGCUGGGAGGACUGAUAAAUGGCGACAUCUUUAUGCAGGGUUUACCGUAUGGCUGUCACAAUCUGAAUCUACAGUCAAUGCAGAUGAAGAUUCAGCCAAAGAGAAGGAUUGGAAAAACAUCAAUGAGGGAAGCCAAGCAUACUCCAAUGCCGAUGUUGUUGUCAAGCUUGGGGGUUGGGAUCCUGCUUACUCUAAGACUCUGGCUCAGGCUUCCUUGAGUGCCAUAAAAAUGUUAAUUCUAUCAGAUAAGAAACUUCCAGGGAAAAAGAAUCUCUAUAUCAGGUUAGGGUGUCGUGGUGAUUGGCCAAACAUUAAGCCUCCAGGUUGGGAUCCAUCAAGUGGGGCUGAUAUUUCCGGAGGCAUAGUACAAGAAUGAAUGGCAAGAUGGAAGCUUCACACUAUCAACAAGUAUGGUUGGAUGGGCUCUCGUUAAGGAUCAUCCUUGUGUCUAUGCAUAUUCUGAUUUCGGGAAAAUCAGAAGCAUUGCUUGAGGUAGGACAUGGAAUCAGGUGGUGUUUGAAAAGAUUAGCAUGGGAAGGUGGUGGUAGAAGAGUGAGGUUUGGAGCGACUCAACAACCACAGGAUUUUUGAUGGAUGAUACAUUUGGGCUGUGGCCAUGGAAUAUUUAUCCUCUUCUUUACGAAAGCUUCGUACUUUUAAAACAGUUUGGCUCUCAUUUAAUUUUCAAAUCCAGUAGGAAUGCAGUUUAUGAUGCACACAAGCUCUUUAGAAUUGCUGCUUCUAAUACCAUACUUGGGGAGCUGUAGGGACACAAGGUUGGUGACUUCCUGUUUCAUCUUUAGUUUUGAAUGAAGGUUUUUCUUUUCAACCUGAAAAAAAUUACAAAUGUAUUCAUGAAAGAUAUCAAUCAAGAGGUUUAAUUCAGUUAUUAAAACUUCCCCAGUA